UGCCCAGUCUACUAUUCAGCAGCCACCCUCCCCCCAACUUUCUCUCUCUCUCUUACUCGCUCUCUAUCUUUGCGCCUCCUUUUCGGAAAGCAGAGAGAGCGAAGCGCAGGCAUUCGUAUACGUAGAUAUACAUUUCUUUUUGUAUUUAUAUAUUUAUACGGAGAGAGCAGGAGUUGUAGCAGGAAGCAACACGGAAAACUAUGUGUGGGAUUCUCGCUGUGCUCGGCAUCGCUGACAACCCGCAGGGGAAACGGCCCAGGAUUAUUGAACUCUCCAGGAGGCUGCGGCAUAGAGGCCCUGAUUGGAGCGGGUUGCACCAUCAUAACAAUUGUUAUCUUGCUCAUGAACGCUUAGCUAUUGUAGAUCCUGCCUCAGGAGAUCAGCCACUAUACAAUGAAGACAAAACAAUUGUUGUCACUGUGAAUGGGGAAAUAUAUAACCAUAAAGAACUAAGGGAGAGGCUAAAGUCUCAUGAGUUCAGAACAGGAAGUGAUUGUGAAGUUAUCGCUCAUCUGUAUGAGGAAUAUGGAGAAGAGUUUGUGAAUAUGUUGGAUGGAAUGUUUUCAUUUGUGCUUCUUGACACCCGUGAUAAUAGUUUCAUUGCUGCCCGGGAUGCCAUUGGCAUUACUCCCCUUUACAUUGGCUGGGGUCUUGAUGGAGGGCUCAGAAGAUGGUACAACCCACCGUGGUUUGCAGAACAGAUACCUUCAGCUCCUUAUGAACCUCUUGUACUGCGAAAGGCUUUUGAGAAGGCUGUUGUGAAGAGACUUAUGACAGAUGUACCCUUUGGUGUACUUCUAUCUGGUGGACUUGACUCCUCCCUUGUUGCCUCGGUGGCUUCCCGUUAUUUGGUUUAUUCAGAAGCUGCCCAGUGGGGGUCACAAUUACACACCUUUUGUAUUGGCUUAAAGGGUUCUCCUGAUCUAAAAGCUGCCAAAGAAGUGGCAGACUACCUUGGUACUCGUCACCAUGAGUUCCAUUUUACAGUGCAGGAAGGAAUAGAUGCCUUAGCAGAGGUCAUCUAUCAUAUUGAGACAUAUGAUGUGACUACUAUCAGGGCCAGUACGCCUAUGUUUCUUAUGUCUAGAAAAAUCAGAGCUCUGGGGGUUAAAGUGGUUCUUUCUGGUGAAGGCUCCGACGAAAUUUUUGGUGGUUAUUUGUAUUUUCACAAGGCACCCAACAAAGAGGAGUUUCACCAGGAAACAUGUAGAAAGAUCAAAGCUCUUCAUCUGUAUGACUGUUUGAGGGCUAAUAAAUCAACUUCUGCUUGGGGCGUUGAAGCUCGUGUGCCCUUCUUAGACAAGGAAUUUAUCAAUGUUGCAAUGGAUAUUGAUCCAGAGUGGAAAAUGAUAAGACCUGAUCUUGGAAGAAUUGAGAAGUGGAUUCUACGCAAUGCAUUUGAUGACGAGCAGAAUCCAUAUUUGCCCAAGCACAUUUUGUACAGACAGAAGGAGCAGUUCAGUGAUGGAGUUGGAUACAGUUGGAUUGAUGGCUUGAAAGAUCACGCUAAUAAACAGGUUACAGAUGCAAUGUUAGCCAAUGCAAGUUUUGUUUACCCUGAGAAUACUCCAACAACAAAAGAGGGGUACUACUAUAGGACCAUCUUUGAGCGAUUCUUCCCUAAGAAUGCUGCAAGAUCAACUGUUCCAGGUGGUCCAAGUGUGGCUUGCAGCACAGCAAAGGCUGUCGAGUGGGAUGCAGCGUGGUCCAAGAAUCUUGACCCGUCUGGUCGAGCUGCCCUCGGUGUCCAUGUUGCGGCAUACGACGAGGCCAAGACACCUGCCAUCAAUGGUCCUUCCAAAAAGGAGUAAAAUAGUACAGUAGCUGUUUGAUUUGUAUGUUUGUUUUGGAGUCAAAUCCGUUUCUGAUGUAACUUGCAAAUAUCAGGAAGCGUGUUUUAUGAGUGGAAGGGUACUGCUUUACUAUGAACAUAUUAAGUGGACAUUUUGCAAAUCAUUAGACUACGGUUGUUUCAUUGCAAAUGAUUUUUACAUUUGAUAACGAAUCGGAAAUCGUGUUUGGAGAA